AUGGAUGGUAAAAUCGUCAAUGAUGGACAGGAGCGUAAGUCGUAUGCUUAUUCUCCAGUCCAACACCAACAAGCUUUCCCGGAGCCGGUUGUGUCUCCGCAGCCUUCUUUGGACCAGUUCACUCCCCAGGCUGUCUCCCCUGAGUCAAUCGCACGAGAGACAUUCCCGCACCAGUCACUAUGGAUAGAUCCCCAGAGCCCAAAUCUUCGAGACAGUCCCUACUACGAUAGGGCUCACGACAGUCACAGAGGUCUGAUGGGCCACGUGCCUGUUAACGACACUUACUCCAAGGUUCCUAAUCUUGUCAUGUUUCUUGCUCUCUAUAUGUGGCUCAGCCCGCUUGUUGUCAUUCUUUCAUCAGAAUCACUCUAUGUCGUACCAGGCGAGAGGAUAGAAGAUACAUUCUGCCCUUCAAUCCGAACUCUGAACUUCAGCAAUGAGGCAAAGGAGAGUUUUCAGACUCCGAAGAAAGCCGAGGGUGAAGUCAUGAAUGGUCGUUCACUUUCUGGCUGCAACUGGACUGCCCCAGAUGGAAAUCUUGCUGAGGGAGCCGCAGAGGACGACGAUAUCUUCGAAUACUACAACGUUCCCUCUUCCGCCCUCGAUCGCAUUGCGGCUGGUGUGUUUUCGAGUGGGCAAACAACCCAGAAAGCGAAUGUAUCGCUAGAAAUUUGCGGAGAUAGAUGGGAUUGUUCCACGACAGUCCACUUCGUCGGACCUGGAUACAAAUGCGAAGAGCUUGCCAAUGGAGUCGGAUCCAAGAUGAAGAGCUUUGGAGAUUCCGAAGCGCCGUUCAACCUUAGCCAGCUUGUGCCGGCCUCCAACUUCACCUACUUCGCCAACACAGACCUCAGAGAGUAUAUGCAUCCUCAGAUGGACAACGUUGCAAUCGGUGGAAUUCCCUCAGAGGUCGAUGGCCCGCCAUUCCCCAAGCAUCUCGGUGUAUUUCGAACGGAACCCUCAAUCUGGAUUGGCUACGCCGCCCUGGACGAUGAUACCAAGGCCCAUGCGAUGGAUAAUGAGGCCGAUGGCUGGAACGACGAUUAUACUCCCAUUUUCUUUGCUUGCGAUCAUUGGGAGGUCAAUUACACCGUCACCUUCAGCUUCACCUCGGGAUUUCAGAAGUACAAUGUUACAGAUCGGGACUACAAGCGAAAGAUUAUCGAUACUACCUGGAGCAGCUGGACCAACGAGUCUACGGACGGAACAGCCGAUGGAAAUGUUGCAGAGCCAGAGAAGAAUUAUGUCAGCCCUCGUAACGGUUACGCUAGAUACCGUCGCAUAGCUGCCUAUCAUAGCCUUGGGCUCAGACUUCGUGAGAAACUCUUCGGCAAUGUCAAGGUCCAGGGAUCCGUUGUGGCAGACGGAGAGAUUACAACCACCAACCUCCUCGAUAGACACGAGCGUCUUCCCGUCCACAACUUCCAGCAAAAAGUCCGGCGCGCAUACGAAGACUUGAUCAUCUCACUGUUUUCUGAUCCUCAGCUCCUUGUCGUGGCAUGGGCUGCCGAUCCAUCCAAGCUGUCUGGUACCGGCAUCGGAGGUGAAGAUACCAAGUACCAAUGUGAACGCCGACGAAAAGCCAACUUCUUUGACUACGGUUGGCCUGUACUUGUCGCUGUUUACACUGUGUCGCUCGUCAUCGCAUCAAUUGGUGUGUACUACGCCAUUGAUGCUAUAUCAAGCGAUGGGAACAACGCUCAGCGCGUGAUGACUUUCUCUGCUAUCGCGGGCGCUACGAAAAAGGUUCCUGUGGACGAGGUAGAGAAGAGAGACACUAAAAUCUGGUGCUUCCCAACAGAUGAACGGCCAGGGGAACGAACAUAUGAGUUUAGGGCCGAGUUGGAAGGAUAA